CGUUCGCGGAUGGACGGACGGGAGCGAACGUGACUCGAGAGCAGAAAGAGCAUUCGGCGGAUCCAAGGUGGAUCGGAGUAGGAAAAUUAAAACGUAAAGUCGUAACAACGGAAGAAAAAAGCAGCUCACGUACUCGAAAAGUUUUGCUAGACUGCGGAGAUCCUCUUGUAAUUAAUAUGUGAUUACGUGCAACUAAAAAUAGGGCUAAAGGGAAAUAUAUAGUUCUAAACAGAUCUGAAAUUAACCCUUGGAUAAAUGCGGUAUAAUAAUAAAGUGACUAAAAAAUAAUACGGGUGAAUAAUAGUACGGACUUAUUUAUCGUGCAUUGUGGAGCUCGUAUGGCUCACGGCAGAAUAUGGCCACGGUUUUCGAGAGCCCGUUCCUUUCGAAUAGGCUGCGUCAGAUCGAGGAGCGAUACGAAGAGCCGACGACUUUUGGACGUUGCGAUUGCACCAGCUAUACAUACCUUGCACUCAGCAUAGUACUCUUCGCCGUUGGCACAGCGAUAACGAUAUUAGCCCUAGGGGAACCAUCUAACCGAUAUGUAUUCACGCAGUUAGGACACAUGUGGCUUGUCGGCCCGAUUUUCAUAUGCUCCGGGCUCAUGGUCGCUGUUAAAUGCAUGCUAUACCUCAGAAGAAAAUCUGUUAUACAGAUGAUAUUCCAUCAGAGGCAACUUUUCCGGGAACUGGCUGGUUCUCAGGCAGUCAGUGGAUCUGGUGCAAGAACACCUGGACCACCACCUUAUGAAGUUAUCACUGAGGGUCAGGGACCAAGUGAGAUGCCCCCACCUUCCUACGCAGAAGCAGUUGCCCUUCUACAGCAGGCUGGUUUACAAGAUAACAAGCUGGCGGGAGUCGCAUCACCCUGCAGUGGCGUGACAGUGGGUGAAGCAGAAAGAACCAAACCCUGAAAUUGCGCACAAUUGUCUCUAUUGUGGACUGGCUCAAGCCUCGUGUUGCAACUUCCUGUGAACAGAAGUGAAUGCAAUAAAGAAGCUUACACAGAAGCUCUUUGCGCGCAAUCACUGGUUUUCUCUUAAAAAAUUAACCCACUAUUAAGAGCGAGAUAAAAAUCAAACAUCAUCCUUGCAUCACCAUUAUCCAUAUUAAUAAGUUCAAUUUACAUACUGAUGAUCAGGAACGUUGAUUACACAACAAUUACUUCCAAUCUUCCAUAAAAUCAAUCAGACAAAUUAUGAAAAGUUUCUACAAUUUAGAUCAACUAACGAAUAACGAAUCUAGAUAAGGCAACCACAUGAUUCAAAUUAUCCCUUCAUUUUCUUGUUGACUCUUCCAAAAAUUUUUGGGGCUGUCGAUGCUUAUUGUUAGUCCUGUAACCUACAUGUAUUAGUAUAUUAGUGAUGUUAGUUUGAUUGCUUAUCCUUGCCUGUCUAAAUCAUAGUUAUAACUAAAUAGGAUCAAUGAUAACAAAUUCUUCGAGACUUUUCAUACUAAAAUUGGUUGGUGCUGAAUAAAUUAUAGCCCGUUAACUGAGGUAACUUCAAUUGUGAAUUCAUAAAUUGAUGUUAGCAGAAAAAUUACCGUUGUAGCCACCGCAGGAUUUCUAUUUCCCACAUUUCAAUGAAUUGAAUAUCAACUUGUUGUGACUGUGACUAAGAUUAGCUGAACCAAUAUCGCAUUUUCAAAUGUACAAUGUUUAUUGACCCCAGAUGAGAAAUAAUCUUACUGCAAAGUGAACACAAUUACAAAUUACUUUCAUCUCUGAACGACUAAAGUAAAGUCUAUUGACUGAAGACAUCCUAUCGAUCAGUUUACAAUCAGCAUGCUGUGCCUAUAUUUACCUGUCAAAGUUUGCACAGGGUAUUCUUAUGUUCUUGAACUGUAGUUCUGUUAUAAAGUACGGGUUGAUCAAAAACUGUAUUAUAGAUAAAACAGAUGAUAUCCGCGAUCCUAAUCAUAAUAUUGAUUUAGUUCUCAAUAUUUUGUGGCUGUACAGCGGCUUAUUGAUGUAAGCUUUGAAAUAUUGUACAUAAUUGUAGCUGCAUCAUUGUAGUUUGAUAAUAAUGAUUAGGUAUAUGUAUAUGAAAUAACUUGCGUAUCAGAGAAAUGCUUAAUAUUUUUCUAUGUAUCAAAAUGAAUGACACUCACAGUAAGACUGCUGUUUUGCCUUGAAUAACGAUGACCAUUUAUAAUGAUAAAUAUGCACAAACUUAGUAUUUAAUAUAAAUUUUGCGAUAAAACGUUGAUGAUAUUUUUGUAGUUACGAUACAGACUUAAAAAAUGAAAUUUCACAGUAUUACCAUAAAACCCAGCAAACGUCUUUGUACUUACGUAUAUUUGGCUUCGGAGUAGCCUAAUUUGUUAUUAUGUCAACACGUGUAGGUAGUAGCUAAAAGAUAUCGGGAUUAAAACUGUGUUUUUUCUUGGGAUGGAUAUUUUUUUAUACAUUCAUUGGAGCAGACUAUUUGGUAUUGCUCAUGUUGCAUUAUUGGGGGUACAUUCAUAUUUUUUCACCAUUGAAGCACCCAUUCUACUCUAUAUGUAUAUCGAGCAGUCAAAUAGUCUGAUCAUGGAACAAACUUAAGACUUUUUGAUUAAAUCCAGGAAAUAUUUAAUCAAUGUUGUUCCGUUUAGAACUGUAAGUUCAUUUUUCAUCUAUCCAUCCCACUAACACAUUACUAUUGGGCACUGAGCACAAGAUGUUGAGCCUCUUUACCGCCUUAUAAGAAGAACCAUCGCAUGUAGUUUAUUCGUGAAAAUAAUCUUUGUGAUGUUUUGUACAUACAUACAUAUAAAUAUAUAGGUAGGUACGUUAUAUUGAAAUCAAUGUCGAUGUCGAAUUUU